AUGAAAAAGUUUUUAGUGUGUAAGAGUUUUACUAAUAAAAAGUUAUUUAAAUCCGCCUCUGUUGAUGUCAAUGUAAACCUUAAUGUUAAUGUUGGUGCUGUUGUAGGAGGAGUUGUCGGAGUUGUUGGUGGCUUAGUUGGCGGUUUAUUAGGUGGUGCUGGUGGUUGUGGUUGCAAUUAA